AUGUCUGAGACCCAACAACAAGCACUGUUCAAUCAAGGACUCCAGUGCAGCGAUGAUGGAACAGAGUACGGUGAUCUCCUCCACCUCAUCAUGCGCAUGGCCAUCGUCAUUUCCAUCUCCCACGUCCUCCACCUCUUUCUUCAACGCCUCGGCCAACCCAGCGCCAUUGCCCAAAUCCUUGCCGGAAUCAUCGUCGGCCCAUCGGUGCUCGGCCACAUCCCACAAUGGCGCAACAAGGUGUUCGACCCGGAGAAGAGUCACCUAAUGGGCGCCGGCAUGAUGAUCGGCCGGAUGGUCCUCAUGUUCCUCAUCGGCAUUGAAAUGGACGUUGAGUAUCUCUGGCGCACCGCCGACCGUGCAAUGGUUGUGGCCGCUGGUGGUUGUGUUUCCUCCAUCGUCCUCGCUGUCGUCUUAACCUCUUUCCUCCAUACAAACCUCAACUCUUCCGGAAACUCCAUUUUGUUCGGCUGCACCAUUGCUCUCCUCUUCGCCAACACGGCCACUCCCGUCGUCAUCCGCAUCGCCGCCGACCUCAAACUCGCUCACUCGGAAGUCGGCAGGCUUGCUAUCUCCUCCGCGCUGGUCAACGACAUGGCCUGCCUCUUCGUUCUCUCACUUGCGUCAUUCACGGCCAGUGAGGCCACCCACAAACUGGCCCUCCACCACAAGUUGGCCGGAACAGCAGUGAUGAUCUGCAUGUUAGCCACUGUGAUCGGCGUCGUGCGUUUGUUCGUCACCAACAUGAACAAGCGUUUCCUUCGUCGUCGCCACGUCGGGAAUUGGCACGCUGUUAGCAUCCUCGCUGUGGUGCUAGGCGUGUCCUCAAUGACGGAGAUGAUGGGUUACAAUAACAUGAUGGCAUGUUUCAUCUUGGGUUUGUUCUUUCCCCGGGAAGGAGGUGCAGCGAGGACAAUGGUAGACUGGUUGACUUAUCCGGUGAACAACUUCAUAUUACCCAUCUACUUCGCUUAUGCAGGGUUCCAUACGAAUCUCCUCGCCUUGGCUGAUGCCAAGCUCGCCACCGCCGUGGCCGCCAUUGUUAUCCUUAGCACUGUUGCCAAGGUGGCCGGCACUGUAAUGGUCACCGGCCUUUUAGACAUUCCAACUCAUGAAGGUCUCGUCUUAGGCUUCUUGCUCAAUGUCAAGGGUCACGUCCAACUGAUCAUCCUUAACGUCGCUAGAAAGAUUGGGAUGUGGAAUUACACGGCCUACACGGCUCUUCUAGUCACGGUGGUGCUCAACACACUGCUAGCCGGACCGGUGGCGGCGGCCAUUGUUAGUUUCCGAAGAAGAGCCAUGACAUACAGAGCGAUGGGGUUGCAGCACCACCAGCUGAAGACGGAGCUGCGCAUGCUGACAUGCAUCCACGGACCAAGAGAGAUGCCGACUAUGCUCAGCCUCAUCGAAAUGUCAAGCGGCACGGCCUUCGGCUCCUCCAUCACUGCCUUCAUGAUGCACCUUGUUGAGCUCACCCAGAGAGUAACCACCACCAUGCUUUACCAUGAAGAAGAUGACUCCAGCGAGAGCAACGAGGAUGACUGGGAGUACGGUGGAGAUGAUUCACGGAGAAUUCACCACGCCACCGACGCCUUCUGGCGUGAAACCGGCCUCAAAGUCCGGCUAGUCACCACCGUCUCUGGCUUCACCAGCAUGCACGAGGACGUCUGCAACGCUGCUGAAGACAUGAGAGCUGCCAUCAUUGUCAUGCCGUUCCACAAGCACCAACGCAUCGAUGGGAAGAUGCAAGCCGGAAGGAAGGGUAUCCAAGGACUCAACGUUAAGGUGCUACGCCACUCUCCCUGCACCGUCGGCAUCCUCGUCGACCGCGGGUCUCGGCGGAGCCAAUCGAGCAAACAAUGCUGUAACAAAGUUGUUGUUCUCUUCUUUGUUGGCGGCGAUGACCGGGAGGCACUAGCUUUUGGUGGCCGGCUUGCAACCCAUCCCUGCAUCAGCCUCACGGUGGUUCGGUUUUUACUUACUUCAAUGAAGACAAAGAAAACAGAGGAUGCUGAAAUUACCAAAGAAAGUAGUAGUUCAAGUCCUGGUAAUCAAGAUGAAGUCCAAAUGGUCAUCUCCGAACAAGAUUUCCGGCGAGAUGAGGAUGAAACAUUCCUGCAAAAAUUCCAAGAGAGGUUUGUGGAGCCGGGGGUGGCAACGUACAUGGAGAAGUACGUGGAAGAUGGAGCUCAGAUGGUGGCGGAGUUGAGUUCAAUGGUGGGGUCGUACUCGUUGUUCAUAGUGGGGAAAGGGAGGGAAGGGCCUUCGCCAUUGACGGUCGGAAUGAGUGAUUGGGCGGAGUGUCCGGAGUUGGGUGUGAUCGGAGACUUGCUUGCUUCCUCUGAUUUCAUGUUAGAUGGAUCAGUCUUGGUGCUGCAACAGAGGGAUCAUACAAAGAAUGAUGAUUUAGUUGAUGAAUUUAUGUAA